UAAUGGCGUGUGUAACUCUAAAUAGCACUGCAACUGAGGAAGGUACUGACAAAACUAGUUCUCUUGAAAGUGUUGUGACUGACACAGUCAGGGAAGUGCUUGAGUACUGCAAUGGAAAAGUCAUAAGACAGGUACUCACCUUUGUCAGAACAAGGUUGAUGGUAAGCAACCAAGAAGUUGUGGCAAUCCAUCUUUCUCACAACGGGCUGAAAUUUACUCAUUCCCUUGAUGAAAUUAGAAAUGCUGUCGACCAACUGGAGUGGGGGAAAGGCACGGACAGCAAAGAUUUCCUGAAUCCUACCAAACAUAGUGGGACGUUAAUAAAUAGGAAAACAAGUGAUCGCGUAAGAGCUGCCAACAUCUUUCUUAACAAACUUCCUAAAAAUCUUCACGAUGUACUUAGAAGGGUGACCGACCCUGAGACUCCAUUGGCUGAAGUAAUUAAGUGUGGGCUGGAAGUGGCUGAAAAAACUCCAUGCAGUGAGGAAGAGGAAAACAGUGGGUCAGGCUUAACUACUGAAACAGAAGCUGUCGAUGGGGACAAGAAACAUGCUACUGUAACAACAUCACUGACUGAAACAGACGGUACAUCUACUGAUGGAUCUGUCGAUGAUGGGGACAAGAAACGUGCUACAAGAUCCUCGACUAUUGUGCCUCCUUUUUCCAAAAGACUUUGCAAGGGGAACAAUAUUUACUAACAAUACUGGUUGAAUAUUAUUCAG